AUGCUUAAUAUUAGGCAUUGCUUGUUAGCUUUCUCCUUGGUCAAAUACCUUUCCCGAACGGCCAAUGCCAGGCCAAGCCUAUGGACGCCUCCCGAUACCAUCCAUGAUAUAUACCUGGCACCAACAGCUUUCGCACCGUUGGCUCACGCGAGGCCAGCCUUGGACGAAGAUGAAAGGCUAUCAAAAGCAGCUAGGCUCAAUCCGAUCGGAUACGGGGAGGUUUAUCAUCAGCCUAGAACGGAUUACGGCGCAACCAACCAGGCCCAUGAUUUGUUGGCCGGCACAGUGCCUGACACACCACACCAGUCGGAGCCUUUGACCAGUCGCCUACAAUUCAACUCGGCAAUCUGGGAAGACUUAGAUCUACAACAACUGCAUACGCUCAUAAGUCAGCCAGGAGAUUCGGAAGCUUUUCAUCAGCAGGAGAGUUCCUUUCCGGGAGUUGAUAAUUCGCACCUCGGACAGCAAAUCCAUGCUUCCGGAGCAGGCUUUGAGAACAGAUACUUGAAUGAGGCGCACAUGGGAGAUGUGAAUGAACACCAUUACCACUCCUCGCUUGCCCGGCAAACCUUCGAUGAUCACGAAAUAGCGAAUGUCUCCGAUCCGCCACCAUACCAUUUAGAUUUCGACAAUUCACAUUAUUUUAAUGACAAUGGCUAUCAGCAGCUUCUUGAUCACAAUCGACUACAAGCUCAUGGUUUAAGCGCGUCAGUAAGCCCAUCAGAGCCUUCGAUGGCAUAUGGGCAUGCAGGCCCUUCAGCUCACCUGGCAGAUAAUCAAGACGAUCUUCUGGCGCCUCUGCCACCCCAGAUCAACUGGCAACCGCUGGACCACCCUUACCACUCCCCUGUCGAGGAACCCCAUUCUUUGCACUUCAACAGCUAUCACAAUCCAAGCGCAAUUGAUUCAUGGCAAAACGACAUCUUCAAUGAGUUAGGACAUCAAUCUAAAUCUUCAUAUCACAUUCCAUCGCAAGUUGAACAUCAUUUUCCAUCCGAAGUUAGCCAUCAUCUUUCACCCGAAGUCGGAUAUUCCCUUCGCUCGGAACACGGAAAUCCCAUGCUAUCGGAGUACGGGCAUCCCAAUCCGUUGGAACUGGAACCUCCUUUUGAAUCGAAUUCCGGGCAUUCAAUCCCACCGGUAAUGUCAACAAUCCAUGACCAACUUAGCCCACAAAGCUUUCCGCCGUUUUCCGCCGAUGUGGUUAUUCCCCACACCCAAACUGGUUCGCCAUUACCGAAGUCUCCAGACAUGGCCAAUCUAUACCCACAUUAUGAUCUCACGCAUCACGUCAAUGCGGCCAGUCCACACACACAAACCUUUAAUUCAUUUGAGAGUCAUCUCUACAACCCGGGCCAGCAUGGCGAAAGCGGCCACCCAGAAGACCUGAAUAGACAGACAGCCAAUUGGGGUUCAAGCGAGCCAAUCCAUUCCCCCUCACCAAGAAACGACAUAGAUUUCCGUAGCCCAGAAUCUCUUGAUCAAGAAAGACAUUAUGUUAGCCCGAACAGCCCAUCUGAUCGUUUUGUAUCGGUCGAUCAGCCCCCGACUGAUCAUCCAGAUCAUCAUCUCGUCAACUAUGACCCGCAUCUUCUGGCACAGGAUCGACAAAAAUCUGUCGAAUCAUCAGAACACAUCAAAAUGGGCGACAUUAUGAAUUUGAAGAGCUCCACGAUCGUGGACACUCUCAAGCAAUUGGGCAACGAAGUGGAAAGAGUCACCACCAUGGAAGGAACGACGAUUACAACUCUAGGACAUACCGGUCUUAUGAUGGUCCAUCAUCACAGUGAGACCGAUGGACAUCUGUACCUGAAUUGGUUGUUUUCCUCCAACAUGAGACUGCCUAAACCCAAGCCACUCGGGCUGAUUAUUUGGCGAUUGAUCAACGCCAUUUGCCAUGUAAACCUCCAGGGAGCCAGAGCCGAGAAACGGGAAGAUAAGAUUGUGAUGGAGACCGAAGAGCUGAUGAAUUUUAUUCUUGCUGAGCUCUUCCGACCCCAAGCGCACUAUCCGAUCUUAGGGAGGGUUCUACAACUAAAGGAUAACCCGCUCGAUUGGUUUUCAGACACCCAAUUCCUAUUACUUGAGAUGCUUUCCUCGAUGCUCUCGCAUCCCAACCCUGCUCAUAAAGACAUUGAUACGGUCUUGAAUUUCAAAACACCCGACAUCGAUUUGCUUUCACAAUUUGUGUACCUUUGGAACUCCAACCACAAUCCGCAUUUCCUGCAAGAAAAUCUCUCUGUCUCAUAGGUUCAAAUCUUG